UUUUUUUGCUGCCCAUCCUCAUCAACCACGACUGGGAGAAUGAGUCUCAAGGCCUAAUGUGUGUAUUCUUUCUCUUUUCUUUGAGCCGCAUCUAUCUAAGUAAGGUAUAAAAAAGUUGUAGCGAGUUGCAUCAGUUUGAUAGGUUCGUACUUCUAUGCGCAUGUCAAUGUAGUAAGACGUAGUUGCGGUUCAUCUUGUUCACUGAUUCUUCGUGCAUUGUGUUUGUGAUUCAUCAUUUCCUACGUAAAAUAAGUAAAUGCUGAAAGUGCAAUUUUCAUUUUGGUUGUUCAGAAAUAAGGCAUCAUGAUAAUGAUGAUCUAGUAAAGAAUUAGAAGCCGAAGCCAAACAAAGUAGCCGUGAUUGAUUAUGAGGAAAAGGCAGACUAUUUUCGUCUUUGUAUUUAUCGAUAGAGUUAGAUAAUUUAUUGAAGAAGCCGAAAAAAUGGGAAACGUGUGUGCGCUCCCGCGGGAUGAGAAAAAGGGCGCUUUUCUUGACGGAAAUGAAGGGGCCAAUAAAUGUAGAUUCGGUGCUUGUUUUGAGCGGGCCGAGAAUGUGGACCGCAGUCCGCGCAGUAGCGCGGCGCGCCGCGACGGCGAUGUCGAGGCGGGUGGCGCGGGCGAGCCGCCCACUUCGGGCAUAUACGAAUCCAGCACCAGUCGUGCAAGUAGAAUAUCCUACGAAGCGUACGCGAAGUUGAUUCCGCCGCACGAUCUGCCGUGGACGCGUGCGCCCUUGGCAUGCAGCAAUGCCGCAAGGCUCAGCGACGAUGGCUCCGGCGCCUUGUGCAUGGACAUCACCGAUCGAGACAGCGGGAAAAGCGUCACUUUUGAAGUGGCAAAAGAGUUCUUAAUGGUUGAGGACGGGUCUUCUCCUAACACGCUGCUGUUGUCGCUGAUCGAUUUGAAGCGUGCUGUGUUCGCCAGGGCAGUGGACGGACAGCAGCGCUUGCAUUUCGGGCCGCUCGAUGCCAGUAUGAGGAAACAGCGGGCAGAGAGACAAACACCAACUACAGGAAAACCGAUUCCGACUGCUCGUCCAGUGCCUAUUCCUACAAAGGCGCCCCCGCUGGCGCCGUACCAAAGACUCGACUUCGAGUCUCCGGCCUUUGCUGCGUUACCCCUUAUCGUGAAAGAUCCGCCUUUUCUGCGGGGCACCGCGCGGUGCGUGGCGUUCUUCAAUCAGCUUCAGCAGGAAGAUGCACAGGACGAACUGCCUGACAGCUUUUUCAGAGGCGACCCAGCUUGUGAGGAGGAGGAGGCGCAGCUGCUGCGCGUCACUCUGAAGCAGGACACCAGCACGUCCCACGGAAUGCAGCAAGCUUCGCUUUCUCCUGAGAAAGGAGAUGGCGCCGCCCAUUCUUGUCCCCUGCUUAGUUUUUCGCUCCGGUCGCGCUCGCUACGCGAAUUCUUGCUCUCUGAGACAAAAGACGAAAGAAAGCAUUGUCGGGGUGUGACCUGGAAGUCGUUAGGUCACUAUUUACGACGGCUUGGCGGCGGAGAGCGUGUUCGGACCGAAGGGCGCCCGGGAAAAGAUUGCAUGUUUGGCUGCUCGGAGGGUCUAUAUUGUGUAUGCGAAGGCAGUCUUUUGUUCUAG